GAGAGAGUGAGAGGGGAGGGGGGGGGCUGUGAAAGUGUGAUGCAUUUGCACCACCAUUGCUGACAGGUGACUGAAAGGAUGUGUCUGUGAUUAAGGCUGUAUGCCGCAUCAGCUACAUCUCAAAUAUGCCAAGAAAAUAGACAAUGCCAUGAUGGAUGCCAAACUGAAUUCUGCAGAUGUGAAUGGAAAGGUGGAGGAUGGGAGUGUUGACAAACGACUGCUGCGUGACUCUAAAACCACAGAUUUACAGGAACACGUUCAAGCUGACUGUGUCACUGCAGAAAACCCCGUUGAAUCAAACUUGCAGAAUAACCCAAACGGUGGCGUGUCCAGGGAGGUGUCCACCCGCAGCCCGAGCUCAGUGGAGAAAGCCCAGCCGAAGCCUCUGUGUGCCCUGCUGCCACCCUCCGUCAUGGAGACUCGCACGGUCUAUGAAGUGAAUAAGACCAUCCCAUCAAUGCGCAGGAGUCAGGGAAGCCUCAAAACCACCAGUGUGCACACUGAGCCAGACGAAGAGGACCUCUGUGCUGCAAUCCUUUUGGCAUGUCUCUUCUGUCACCCACUGGACUGCCUGUUGGCCACCGUGGGGGGAUGUAGCGAGUGCGUCUGGUCACUGUGCUCCUACCUGUGCGGCUGCGAGCCCGCCACCCUGCAGCCCCUCCUGGACGUCACCCACCACUGUGACCUCUGCAGAUGUCUCGGUGCUCGCUGUUUCCUGUGCGACUGUCCCAUCUGCGACAUCUGCCUCCAGGCUACCGAGUGCCUGGACCUCGCCAUGGAGAUCUCUCAAAUGCUCUUCCACUGACACUGUCCUUGAGCCAAUAAUAACCACAUCAAGACACAUGAAGCAAUGGGAAUCGUUUAUUUGUUAAAACCCUCUGAAAGCCAACUUGUAGGGACAAGUCACAAAUGUUAUGUUUAUGGUUAACAGUCAAUGUUAGCACUCAAUAUAAUCCAGGAGAAGACAUGGUUAAUAUUGUGGAGAGUGAUUAAGUAUGAGAGGAAAAAAGCUGAGCAUAGGUACUUGAUCUUAAGAAACACACAACGAGCGCAACAGAUCUAUGGAGUAGACUCAGAAAUAAAGUACCUCCAAGUUCUGAAUGAACAGGAGAAGACUCAUUAAAAUCACUUGUUUUUGGGGAUAAUCCCAUUUUUAUCACAGCUCAAAGAAUAGUUUAAAAUUUAACUGUACCAAUAACAUGGAGGUUGUGUUGGAAAAGGAAUACAGUACAUCAGUGUUACAAAAAUCAAAAAAAACAAUAUAUGAAGUUACUU